AGUGGAAUGAGGGGAAUGGAGAGUAGAGGAGUCAGACUGUGAAGAAUAAUGAAUGGAGAGAAAGAACCAUUUGGAUUAGUAGCAGAAUGAAUGGACGCCAGACGAGAUAAGAAGAAGAGGAAGAAGAAGACAAAGAAGAAGAAGAGGAAGAAGAGAACAUGGGAGGAAGGAGGACAUAAGGAGGAAGAAGAGGGAUAAAAGGAAGAGGAAAAAGAGGAGGAAGAAGAGGAAGAGGAAGAAAAAGAACAGGAAGAGAAAGAGGAAAAAGAGAAUGUGAAGUACGAGAAGGAAGAAGAGGAAGAGAAAGAGGAAAAAGAGGAAGACAGGGAGGAAGAGGAGAAAGAAGAGGAAGAGAAAGUGAAAGAAGAAGAAGAAGAGGAACAGAGGAAGAGAAAUACGAGGAGGAAGAAGAGGAAAAAGAAGAAGAGAAAGAGAAAAAAUGGGAAGAGGAAGACAAGAAGAAGAAGAAGAGAAAGUGUAAAAAGAAGAGAUAGAAGUGGAAGAGAAAAAGGAAAAAGAGAAAUAAAGAGGAAAAAGAGGAAGAGAAAGGAAGAAGAAAAUGAAGAGAAAGAGGAAAAGUGGAGGAGGAAUACGAGGAGGAAGAAGAGGAAGAGAAAAAAGAAAAAGAGGAAGAGUAAAAAGAGGAAGACAAGGAGGAAGAGGAGGAGGAGGAAAAAGAAGAGGAAGAGAAAGUGGAAGAAGAAGAGGAAAAAAGAGGAUGAAUAUGAGAAAGAAGAAGAGGAAGAGAAAGAAGAAAAAGAGGAAGGGUAAAAAGAAGAAGACAAGGAGGAAGAGGAGGAGGAGGAAAAACAAGAGGAAGAGAAAGUGGAAGAAGAAGAGGAAAAAAGAGGAUGAAUAUGAGAAAGAAGAAGAGGAAGAGAAAGAAGUAGAGGAAGAAGAGGAGGAAGAGGAAUGGGACACAAAAGAAGAUGAAGAGGAAGAGUAAAAAGUGGAAGACAAGGAGGAAGAGGAAGUGGAAGAAGAAGAAGAGGAGGAGAAAGAAGAAAAAAGUAAAGGAAGAAGAAGAAGAGGAAGAGGAGCGGGACACAAAAGAAGAAGAAGAGGAAGAGAAAGACGAAAAAUAAGAAGAGGAAGAGUAAAAAGUGGAAGACAAGGAGGAAGAGGAAAAAGAAGAGGAAGAGAAAGUGGAAGAGGAAGAAGAAGAAGAAGAAGAGGAGGAGGAAUACGAGAAGGAUUAAAGGAAGAAAAAGAAGAAGAGCAAGUGAAAGUGGAAGAAGAGAAAGAAGAAAAGAAAGAAAAAAUUGAUAAAGAAGAGGAAGAAGAAGAGUAC